AUGCGGGCCUGCGGUUUCAGCGAGCAAGAGGCUCGUACAACAAGUAUCGAGGUUGGCAUGCAGAAUUCUGCGCUGGCGGUCGUCCUGGCGCAGAGGGGCCUCGCGGACCCCCUGUCGGCGAUCCCGGGAGCGGUCUCGGCGACGUGCCACUCCCUCAUAGGCAGCGCCCUGGCAGCCUUCUGGCGCACCGGGGAUGGAGGGUCCCGAGCAGAGCCGUUGCCAUCUACAUCGACAGCAGCAGCGGUGGGGGGAGGGGGGGAGCAGCAGCAGCAGGUGGAGGAAGUGGACCUGUACGAUGCUGGCGGAGGAAUAUGA